AUGACAAUCAAGGAUGUAAAUGAUAAGGUUGAAGCCAAUACCGCUGCAAUUGCAAAACUACAAGCAAAUUUCACUACCUUCUCUGCUGAUCUCAACUCCCAGUUUGAUUUACUUCUUCAGAAAUUCGAUUCAAUUCCUGAACCAGCUAGUACUUCUCGUACAGAACCUCAGGGAGAUAAUCGAUUUCAUUAUCCACAUCACCAGCCUUAUCAACAUUAUCGACUUCCUAAACUGGAUUUUCCAAGAUUUGAUGGUGAGAAUCCUAGAGCUUGGAUACAGAAGAGUGAAAGAUAUUUCGAGUUGAAUGAUAUUGAGGAGCACAAGCAAGUAAAUAUUGCUGCAAUCUACCUUGAAGAUCUCGCUAGCCAUUUGUGUGCUCGAUUUGAAAACCCAGUUGAAGAAAAUUUUGUUGGUAGCUUCAAUAAACUAGUACAAAGUUCCUCUGUGGAUGACUAUUAUGAGGAGUUUGAGAUGCUCAAAACAUUGAUGUUGAAAAUGAAUCCUACCUUGAGUGAGGAAUAUUUUGUUAUGAGUUUCCUUAGUGGGUUGAAAGAUGAAAUUGGCAAAACUAUUUGUAUGUUCCAUCCUAAAACAUUAGUAGAUGUUUUUUCCCUUGCUAGAUUACAAGAGAAGAAAAUAGCCUUAGCACCAGCUGCCACUAAGCCAUUUACUAGGUCUUUCAACACUUCAUUCAAUUCAAAUAGACAAUGCACUUCUGGAAAUUUUCCACCAAAACCAAUUGUUACUUCUCCUAAAUCUGCUCCCCUAACUCCUAAAUCUUAUCACAAUCCUACCACCAAAAUCAUUUCACCGACCACUACCAUUAAAAGGCUAACACCUGAGGAAAUGAAUAGAAGAAGAUCUCAAGGUUUAUGUUAUAAAUGUGAUGAAGUAUAUAAGACAAGACACUUUUGUAAAGGCAAGCAAAAGAUUUUCAUGCUCCAGAUGGACACUGCUGAUUCUCCAGAAAAUGAGGAAGAUGAGGAAGUUUUUGAAGAAACUAUUGAAUCCCCAGUUCAGUCUGAUGUUGAAAUUUCAUUACAUGCUCUCACAGGCACAACUAAUGGUGACACAAUUAGAAUUCCUGGUAUCCUACAAGACAAAACAGUUUCCAUUCUAAUUGAUUCAGGCAGCACUACCAUCUUCAUUGACAGUGCUUUAGCAAGUUCACUGCAAUACCAUAUUGAAUCUACUGUUCCAAUGGUAGUCACAAUUGCAAAUGGAGAGAAAACUUCCAGUACUGGUAUUUGCCCACAGGAACCAACUCAGCUACCCCCUCAAAGGAAUUUAGAUCAUAAAAUACCUUUACAACCAAACUUAGUCCAUGUGAAUCAAAGAUCUUAUAAAUGCCCCUAUAUCCAGAAAGAUAUAGUAGAACAGCUUGUCAAGGAAAUGCUUCACUCUGGCAUCAUCCAACCUAGCCAUAUCCCCUUUUCAUCUUCAAUACUUCUUGUCAAGAAGAAAGACAAUACAUGGAGAUUCUGUGUUGACUAUAGGAAACUAAAUAACAUUACAGCCAAAGACAAAUUUCCCAUACCCAUUAUUGAGGAGUUAUUGGAUGAAUUGAAUGGAGCUACUGCUUUUACAAGAAUUGAUUUGAGAGCUGGCUAUCAUCAAAUCAUAGUGCAUCUCUCAGACAUUUUCAAAACAUCCUUCAGAACACAUCAAGUCCAUUAUGAGUUUAAAGUAAUGCCCUUUGGCCUCACUAAUGCUCCAGCUACAUUUCAAUCUUUAAUGAAUGAGGUAUUUCAGCCUGCAUUGAGAAAAUUUAUUCUGGUGUUUUUUGAUUAUAUUUUGAUCUAUAGCAAGAAUAUGUCUGAACAUGUAGAGCAUCUCAAGUAUACCUUCUCAUUACUUAGACAACAUAAGUUGUAUGCCAAGAUGACUAAAUGUUGUUUUGGCCAAUCCUCUCUAGAGUAUUUGGGUCACAUUAUCACAGCAGCAGGUGUUUGUGCUGAUCCAAGCAAAAUUGCUUGUAUGCAAUCUUGGCCAACACCAUCCACCUUAAAGGAAUUAGGAGGAUUUCUUGGACUUACAUACUACUACAGGAAAUUUGUCAAGAACUAUGGAGAAAUAAGUAAACCUCUCAUUGAUCUUCUCAAGAAAAAUUCUUUUCUUUGGACUUCAGCUGCUACUACUGCUUUUGAGAACCUCAAGACUGCAAUGAGUAACACUCUUGUGUUAGCUCUACCUAAUUUUACAAAGCCAUUUAUAGUUGAGAGUGAUGCUAGUGAUGCUUGCAUUGGAGCAAUUCUAAUCCAAGAAGGAAGACCCAUUGCUUACUUCAGCAAACCAUUAGGCCCAAGAGUUGCAGCAAUGUCCACUUAUGAGAAAUAA